GUGAUACAAACGAUUUUUGGAAAGAAGAUUCUGGUUCAGGAACCAGACCGUUUAUUCUUUUAUUCUGGAGGCGGUGCUCUUCCCCGUGAUCUAAUAUCAACUUUGCGAAGCCAACCGAAUGAUUCUCAUUUACUACACCACAGAAUCCAUUUGCAUAGGUCGAUCAAACUGGGAAAGCCCUCCGCGAGUCUUCUCUGGCAUCACUACUCUCAAGACUGGACUCAGCCGAAAUCAUUGCGGUCUAUUCCAUCCGCAACAAGAUCCGUCGCAGUCAACAGGAGUUCGUUGUGGUUAUGGUUGGUCAUUCAUAUUUUUGCACCUGCCUCUUGCUGUAAAACACGGGGAUUGUGUGCAGGCACUUCUUUUGCAUCAGCCUCGUUCUCAAGCGCUGGUUCAAGAAGUAGUGGCAGGAUCUCGAAGAUUUCGAGACGAAAGUUGGUUCAGAGUUCCUAGUCGCCUAUCCGCAUUACAUCGCCCCCACCAGGAUCGAGGAUCACCCCGCCAGCACUUGUACGAGGAGUGUGCACACCCUAUUCUCUACAGGGCCCUCGACACCGCAGCCAAGGAAGGAGGAGCGACUGAGGAAGAAGCGGGAUCGCGAGAAAGCUGGCCAUCAUGGGGACAGCUGAUCCAGCAAUUCAUGAUGAAGCGAUACAAACGCUCAACAACCUCUCAAUCUCGCUGAAACAGAGACAGGGGCUCAUGGAGCUACAGGACGCGUCUGACAACGAAGCAGGUCUUGGUGUCGCUAAAGACCCACUUGUGGUGGAGCCGAAGGGGCAUCCAAGAGCCAAACGCAUCAAGAGCACCAUCGAGAUGUCACGACCAUCCAAAGAAUUCCAUUCUGCUGAAACAGACCUUGAACAAUAAACUAGU